UUCUCUUAUAUUAAAUAUUAAUAUUUACAUCUUUUAGCACCCCAAAUGCAGUACACAUUUCUGAAGUGUAGUACACGUACACAAAAACUUGUCAAAGUUCACAAGGACACAUAAAGUGUACUUUAAUGCCCGUAUACCCCGAUCCCAUUUGGGAGUUGAAAUGAAAUUAUAUGGACCCCUGCAAUUGUGCUGUAUUGUCUGAGCGGAUUAAAAAUGAGCGAGGAUAAAAGAUAUUUUGAGUCUGAUGAUCAUGUGAAAUUAUACAUCUCUGCUCGACCUACUCUACCCACUGCUGUUAUAACAACAGUCAAGAAGUACCUAAUGGAAAAAAGAUCUUGCCUCGGAGAUCCAACUUUUGUUGUUGACGUAGCUUGCGGGUCAGGACAGAGCAGUGUUCCACUGACUGCUGAGUUUGAUUCAGUUCUUGGGACGGAUAUAAGCCCUGGACAAAUCGAACAAGCAAAUCUUAGUUCACAUCCUUCAAACAUUAGGUUCCAGGUUGGAUCUGCUGAAAUUAUCCCUGUAGAGGAUGGAAGUGUAGAUGCUGUAUUCUGCUGCAUGGCUCUUCACUGGCUGAACCAUGAUAAAUUCUUCGCCGAGGUCCAGAGGGUUCUGAAGAAGAAUGGCGUUCUCGCUAUUGUAGGAUAUAAGGAUGCUGGAGCGGAAGCCCCUCUGGGUGUAUCCCAGGAAAUCAGAGACAAGUUCAUGGCGGCUCAGGAGCAGUUCCUCCAGGACAUAUAUCCGUUCUUUGAUCCUGCAGUGGAACUAUGCUUGAAAGAAUAUAAAGAUAUUCAUCCUCUUCCAGGAUUCGCGGAUACUGCUUAUAUCACAACAGGGUUGACUGGAGAGCGUAAAAUGCCAGCUCAGAUUCAGUUUGAGAAUAUGUUGACCACGUCCGCUUACCAGAUCUUCAAGAACAAGGACGAGGCUAAUGCGCUCAGAGUAUCAGAGGCUUUGAAGUCAAGAUUUCUGGAAUGUUUCCCUAGUCUGGAAACAGAAGCAGUUUUUCAACAUUCAACAGUCCUGGUCUUAGGACGGAAAUCAUAAUCAUGGUUUUAUUAUAUUCAACAGUCCUGGUCCUAGGACGGAAACCAUAAUCAUGGUUUUAUUAUAUUUAACAGUCCUGAUCUUAGGACGGAAACCAUAAUCAUGGUUUUAUUAUUAUAUUCAACAGUCCUGCUCCUAGGACGGAAACCAUAAUCAUGGUUUUAUCAUAUUUAACAGUCCUGGUCCUAGGACGGAAACCAUAAUCAUGGUUUUAUUAUAUUAACAGUCCUGGUCCUAGGACGGAAACCAUAAUCAUGGUUUUAUUAUAUUCAACAGUCCUGGUCCUAGGACGGAAACCAUAAUCAUGGUUUUAUUAUAUUCAACAGUUCUGCUCCUACGACACAGACCAUAUUUUAUCAUUUUUUUUUUGCUUCUAAAAUGUUUGCUUUUUGUGUUAGUUUUGCUUUUAUUUGUAAUUUGUUAAAAUUAAAUAAAUAACAACUUUUAAGUUUGUUCUCACUCUCCUUUGUGCAGUUUUCUUUAU